AUGCAAUAUAGCAAUAGAUUUUUCGAACUAAGUCUUUCUGACGAUAUAUUCGAUUUUCGUCAGAUUCCCGAGGCUACAAAGUUUAUUACUGGAAGUUAUGUGCUCCUAACUAGUGCCCUAUAUAUUAUAAGAAGGUCGUUAUAUUAUCAAUUACACCCAACUGACCCAAAUAUUGAUUACGACUCUAUAACAAACCCUAUUUUACAGUUAAUUCCUUCAAGUAUAAUAAAGUAUCCCUUUUCUAUUAUUCUAUCGAAUCUGAUUGAUACUGAACUUUGGAAAGUCAUUGUAAAUCUACUUAACCUGUUGAUAGGGGGCUCUUUUAUCGAACGUAAUUGGAACAGUUCUAAAGAAAUGUUCAAGUUUAUUUUCGUUAUUGGGUCGAUCACUAACUUUGUUGUUGUACUAGUCGCUUAUUUACUUUCAUUCGUCUUCACCGAUAUGAGAUUAGAUGUCCCGCUAGAUGGGAAUUAUACGGUUAUCAUUGGCUUCCCAAUUAUUUACAAGCAACUUUUACCGGAAACAACGAUUGUAAACAUCACAAAACCCAAAUUACUAUCUAAAAAUUUCAGAUUCAAGUUACUACCAAUCUUUGUAAUGUGCAUCAUGACGCUUACAGAAUUGAUAUGGUUCCAUCACUUUGCACAGCUGUUGUCUAUAUGGAUUAGCUUUUUCUCCUGCUGGAUAUAUUUGAGAUUUUAUCAGGUCUUACCCUUAUCUAACUCAAGGGAUGAGGAAGCCAUUGUUGGUGAUGCAUCAGACACAUUUCAAUUGAUUCAUUUUUUCCCUGACAUAAUCAAACCCCUAUUGAAACCAUGUUUUGAGUGGUGCUAUAAUUUCUUUACAGGUUAUUUGCACAUAAUUAGACCUUUUCAGGCAAAUGAAGUCGAAAAAGGCAAUGACAUAGCUGAACAAAGAGGUGCUAACAAAAUUACAGAUGCAGAGGAAAGGCGUAGAAAACUGGCUCUCCAAGUACUUGAAGAGAGAAUGGUUUGA